UAAGGCAAUCAGUGGUGCUUGUGGGUGAACGGAGAUUUUUUUUUCUCUUCCGCUGCUAACAAAGCUAAAUCUGAAGAUGGAAGAAAUGGAAGAGGAGCUGAAGUGCCCUGUGUGUGGCUCUUUUUUCCGCGAGCCGAUCAUCUUGCCGUGCUCGCACAACAUUUGCCUGGCCUGCGCUCGGAACAUCUUGGUGCAGACGCCGGACGCUGAGUCUCCGCAGGGCGGCCGCGCUUCCGGCUCAGCGCCGUCCGAUUAUGACUACCUGGACCUGGAUAAGAUGAGCCUGUACAGUGAGUCGGACAGCGGCUACGGGUCUUACGGCGGCUUCGCGAGCGCACCCACCACCCCUUGCCAGAAGUCACCUAAUGGAGUGCGUGUGUUCCCGCCCGCUGCUGUUCCCCCGCAGCAACCUCAGCACCAGCUGCUCCCGCAGCCCAUGGGCACACCGCCGAUUCCACGCAACGCCUGUCUGACGUGCCCGCAAUGCCACCGCAGCCUGACCCUGGACGAGCGUGGCCUGCGCGGUUUCCCCAAAAACCGGGUGCUCGAAGCCGUAGUGGACCGCUACCAACAGAGCAAGGCGGCAGCUCUGCGCUGCCAGCUGUGCGAGAAAAGCCCACGGGAAGCCACAGCUAUGUGCGAGCAGUGCGACGUGUUUUAUUGCGACCCGUGCCGCCUGCGCUGCCACCCGCCGCGAGGUCCGCUCGCCAAACACCGCCUCGUACCUCCGGCGCAGGGACGCAUCAGCCGGCGCGCCAGCCCGCGCAAAACCUCCACCUGCACCGAGCAUGAACUGGAGAACCUCAGUAUGUACUGUGUGCAGUGCAAGACACCUGUGUGCUACCAGUGCCUCGAGGAAGGCAAACAUUCCACGCAUGAAGUCAAGGCACUCGGGGCCAUGUGGAAGCUGCACAAGGGGCAGCUCUCUCAGGCACUGAACAUCCUGUCUGAUCGAGCCACUGAGGCCAAAGAGUUUCUUGUUCAGCUCAGAAACAUGGUGCAGCACAUACAGGAGAAUGGAGUUGAAUUUGAAGCGUGCUUGGUGGCUCAAUGUGACGCGCUGAUUGAUGCUCUGAACCGCCGGAAAGCUCAGUUACUGGCCAGAGUGACCAAAGAGCACGAGCACAAACUCAUGGUGGUACGUGAUCAGAUCUCUCACUGCACUGUGAAGUUGCGGCAGACGACGGGGUUGAUGGAAUAUUGUCUUGAGGUCAUCAAAGAAAAUGACCCCAGCGGCUUCCUGCAGAUCUCUGAUGCACUGAUUCGUAGGGUGCAUAUGACUGAGAGUCAGUGGGGUAAGGGCACACUCACGCCACGUAUGACCAGUGAUUUUGACCUGACACUGGAUAGCAGCCCAUUACUACAAACCAUCCACCAGCUUGACUUCGUACAGAUGAAGGUACCUGCAGCUCCAAUCCUGCAGCUGGAGGAGUGUUGUAGUCAGACCAACAGUGCCACUCUGUCAUGGAAACAGCCUCCUCUCUCCACCAUCGCUGUGGAUGGCUACAUACUGGAGCUGGAUGAUGGCAAUGGAGGGCAAUUCAGAGAAGUGUACGUUGGCCCUGAGACGAUCUGCACAGUGGACGGACUUCACUUCAACAGCACGUAUAAAUCUCGUGUUAAAGCCUUUAACUCCAGUGGAGUGGGGCAGUACAGCAAAACACUCGUCAUGCAGACCUCCGAGACUGGACUUGCCUCAUGUGAUAUUAACACUCUAGCUACAGUUGCCUGGUUUACCUUUGACCCUGCAUCUGCCCAUCCGGACAUCAUACUGUCUAAUGACAACCUCACAGUCACGUGUAAUAGUUAUGACGAUCGUGUUGUCAUGGGCAACACGCCCUUCUCCCGUGGUGUGCAUUACUGGGAAAUGACCAUAGAUCGCUAUGACAAUCACCCAGACCCUGCGUUUGGGAUCGCCCGAGGUGACGUGCUGAAAGACGUAAUGUUGGGAAAGGACGAUAAAGCCUGGGCCAUGUAUGUGGACAACAACCGCUCCUGGUUCAUGCACAACAACUCCCAUACCAACAGAACGGAUGGAGGGAUUGGUAAGGGAGCAACUGUGGGUGUUCUGUUGGAUUUCACCCGGGGGAUUCUGUUGUUUCUUAUCAAUGAUGAGCAACAAGGUCCUGUGGCUUUCGACUCAUUGGAAGGUCUUUAUUACCCUGCCAUCAGCCUCAACCGCAACGUUCAGGUGACUCUUCACACUGGACUGCCCAUUCCAGAUUUCUACACACUUGGAGAGUCAGAUCCUUCAGGCUCCGUCUGCUGAAGACCAACAUACCAACACACACACAUACACACACAUACACACACACACACACACACACAUUGAUGGAUAAGAUUUACACUGAUAUUCAGUUCUCAGCCUUUAUGUGAAAUUCUGGGUUGGUUUAGGAGUUCAGUGCUUUUUAAUAAGCUUAGCUGCUAGUUACAGCUGUUCAAAUUAAUUUACUUUACUUUAUGGCAAGCAGAGGCAGCAGGAGAGCAGAAAACUACUGUACAUUUCUAUUUGUAAUCCCAAAAAGCCAGAGAUUUUAGGUGUAGUUUUGAGAGUAUUAGACUAUAUGUUGAAAUACUGAAAAAAAAAUGUUGAUUUUCUCCCUCCCACAAAACACUGCCAUUAUGCUACAAGGUUCAGGCUUGCGUCUCAUUCCUUCUUCUCUAAUUACUUCAUUUAAUCAUUGGUCAGUUCAUCAGAUAGAAGAGGAAAAUCAGCAUGGUGCCAUGCAUGUAAUUUCAUAACAAUAUGCACAACUAAAUUUAUAUGAAAGGGCACAGUGAGUAGCAUUGCCACCUUGUAGCUCCAGUGUCCCUGGUUCGAACCUGAGCUUGGGUUUUUGUCUGUGUGGGGUUUUGCAUGUUCUGAGGUUUCCUGCACCUCCCCAAAACAUGCCAGUAGGUCGAUUGGCUACUCUAAAAUACCCAAGGUAUGUGUACAUUGUGCCCUGGCAUCCCAUCCAGGGCGUGUUUCUGCCUCGUACCUGGGAGAUACACCGUGGCCCACGGUUACUGAAGAUGAAUGAAUUAAUGAAUUUAUAUGAAAAGUUGCAACUGCCCCCUGCUGGUCAAGGUUAGAGCUAGUAGCAUUUCUACAUUUUCUUAUAACUUCAUUAAUAUGAUCAACUACAUCACCCUCACUACAAAUGUGUACAAAUUUUCCAGGUUCAGAAAAUGUUAUUUUAGAAAUAACAGCCCAAAUAUUGUGAUAACUACUAACAGCAAAGAAUAAUAUUCCUUAUGUUUAUUAUUAUAUUAUUAUUAUUAUUAUUAUUAUUAUAGUUGGUGCUAAAACAUUAAAACAUGUGGCUCUGGUCCGAUAAGCCUAUAAACUACAGAGUCCAGGCAGAUUUUAUACUUAUUAUUAUUACUGAUCAUAUCUUACUGAUCUGUGCAAAGUGAAUAUGUGCAGAGAUAAAUUAUGAAUCUGUAGAGGUUAUACAAUGCAGUUUAUCAUUAUAAUUGGACUAUGUGCAGUUGGUUCAGUAUAAUGUGUUAAAUGGAAAUUUUCACACAAUGACUGAAAUGUCUGUGUGGCCUUUACUGUGCUUUCUUUUUUGUAGAAAGCUGAGAAAUUUUAGGACAUUUUGUCCUCACAUAUUACAAACUCACACUACACAUACUGCACCCUAUUUACCAAUAAAUGCCAAUGCCAAAUUUUCAAUGACUGGAAAAUAAAAAUUUAAACUUUAUGGUAUAAACUAUAUUAUCACUUGACGCUGUACUGAAUCAUUCUCAUGGAGUUCAAUGAUGAGAGUGUCAGUAUAGUAAUUUAACAGUAAUGAAGAGACACUGGGCUGUCUCUCACUCGUAUACACACACGCGUACAGGCACACACACAUACAGGCACACACAUACAGGCACAGCAUGAACACUUACUCCACAACAGUCCCCCUUCUGGCCAACACACAUAUUCAGCAGCAGUACACACACAUACACAUUUCUCUCUCUCUCUGUCCCCUCCGUUUGUUACUGCCUCAGAGCUGUACAGGCAAAUCGCUAAUCUUUAUUGAAAAACUGGUGCUGCUUCUGUUUAUAUGUCUGAAAAUUACAGUACUAUAUAUAUAGAUAGAUAUAUAUAUAUUUGUGUUAUUACCUGCAAUAUAACAAAAAGCACAGCUUUAAAUCCAAAAAAAAAUAGUAAUUCAGAAACUGGCAAUAUGUUUUAUGUUCUAGAAGUGCUAGACUCCAUAGAGUGGAUGUUUGCGUGGCUCCAUGUCAUUAGAUGUGGGGGAUCCAGGCUGCUAAUGCAGUGGUGCAGUGAAAUAGCUGCCUUUAUUUGCAUCACCAGACAUGUGUAGCCUACUUUAAAAAUAAAUUCCUGAGCCUGUUUGUCAACUGACUAAUACAAGGAUACUCCUCGGACUGAUAACAUGUGGCUUUGUUGUGUUGUACGAAAAGAAUGAAAAAAAAAAAAAAAAAACUACAGAACUGCAUGAACACCUACAAUGCUGAAAUAAAUCUUACAGUGUUCAUUUGAGGUGAGAAGGGAGACAAAUAAACACUUACCGGAGUGUAUCAAACGCUGUAGGCCUUCAGUCAACACCAGUUUUGCUGUUUAAGGAGCCAAAAGUGUGGGUGUGGGUGACUGUACAGGGGAUCUUUAUUUUCUUUAUCAUAAAGUAAUCCCUAAUGUGAACAAUAACUUUAUUAUUAUUAUUAUUAUUAUUAUUAUUAUUAUUAUCUGGCGCUUGGUGCAUUCUGUAACCGUACAGUAUAUUCAAUAAAUGGGUUGAGUCAA